UUAAGAAUAUGUCUUUUGAAGAGCAAAUAUCAAGUUUUCGUGCUUGGGCUACAACUCUAGGCUGUCCGCCAAGUUCUUUACCUGACGAGGAUGCGCUUAAAUCGAUCUUCAAGUCGCGUCAAUAUCAGCUUUUUGUGCAAUUGCAAAAUCGUAUAAAGCCACGGCAAUAUGUGCAGGAGGUGCGCGAGAACUUACUAAUUGCAAAGGUGACACAGUAUAAGGGUAAGGUGGUGCCGGUGUGCGGGCGUAGUUUUUUGCCCCGGGAGAUGCAGAUCAAUCUAAAAAUGAAAGAUUUGCAAAAGGAGAAAGAAACAAUCGAGCAGACACUGGCGGAGACUAAAAAGGAGCACGAUAGCUCCGCAGCUACGAUUAAGACAAAAAAUAUACAAGCAAUCAGUGCUAAGCACAAGAAGAAACUGCAUGAAGCCAAAUAUAAUUUGUUGGACUUGAAGUUGGAGUCAUUGAAUAAAACGUAUGAGGAAGAGCUUAAAAUCAAAGCAAACAUAUUGGCUACCAUGCCUAUCAAGCUCAGCAAUAAGAAUGCCAGCGAGAAAAUGGCACUUAAGGCUGUGGAGCUGGCGCUUAAGGAGCUGGAUGCCUUUUAUACUUUAUGCAAUAGCGAUGGCCGUAAUGGUCAACAGUUGGCUGAGGCGAAGAUGCGCUUGUGGUCUCAGAUGCGUGAAAUUUUCGUCAACACACCCAAUUUGCUGCUAUUUAAUGCAAUUAUGAAGAUCAAGGAGGAACAGCUGCAAUACAUAAUGCAGCUUAACAAAAUUACUAAGGAAGCCGAUGGCACAGUUGUUAGAGUAAAGUCCAAGUCAGCGCUAGACAAUUUUGACGUAAAGCUACUUAAAACCAAAGCCGAUCUGCUCGGUAUAGUGGCCAGGUACGCGGCAACGCAACAAGAGGUGUCGCAGCUAGAGGAACGUUUUGCUGCAGUCUACGGCAGCUUUGUGGAUGAGCUGCAAACCAAGGUGAACAACUUUAAUGGCAUAUGCAGCGAUGAUGACGACGAGGCCAGCGAGGAUAUUAUAUCCGAGUUUAUUCUACAAUACAAUAUGCAUAACUUUAAGCGCGCGCGCAAUGAAUAUUUAACGGAGCACAUAGAGCAGUUGCGCAUGGAUAUCGAAGCAGGCGCCAAGCAUCUGGAGCAGCAUGAGCUUAUGCUAGGCUCCAUUAAGCAAAUGUACGGGGAAAUUAAUACGUCAGUGAAUCGCAUACAACAGGACAUGCUGCAGUUAACACAGAUAAAAGAAAAGAUACUCUACUCCAAGAAUAUGUUGAGAAAUCUGCUGGACGAAAGACAGGCGCAUAAUCAAACAGCCAAGUCGAAUUUGCUGAGGGUUGGCAAUAUGUCUAUGGUUGGCAUGGAGAGCUUCUGUUUGGCCAACGACAGCGUCUUCUCCAGCACUAAACUGGACAUCGAUGCCAAUGCAAGUGCUAUGAACAAUACAAUGCGUUAUAGUUUUGAUAAUGCUACGCUUAUGCCGAGUGCUGCUGUUAAUGCAGUCACUGCACCCACAUUGCCUUGUCAUGUUUUGGAGCUUAACACGUUUGCUGAAAUACCGCUGGAAAGAUUCAACUGUAUGCCCCAUGCUUGCGCAUUUCUGCUGUCGGCCAAUCCGCUCAUAGUGGAGUCACAAGAGCUGGCCUCCACCAUGCAAUUGGUGCCGGGCUAUCUGCUAACACCCUACGGCUCUUUGCAGGAAGUAGAAAAACGCAUUUUGUGGGCGUCGGCAAUUGCCGCACACUCGGCUGAUCUGAAAUUGAAUUUAAAACCGUUGAUUGUUGAUCCACACAAUCUGAAGUUAAAGGCGCGACGCCAGCACGAGGAAAUGGCACAGCUGCUGGACAACAUCGAAACGCUGGGCGUAAAGACACAGCAUCAAUUGGUGAGAGCAGAGCGUGUAUACCGCUUUUUACUGGACAAUCCCAUGCGUCGCUAUAUGCCGCCCAAGAAACUCUUCAAUAAGCUGCCGUUUGAAGCGUACGAGUCAGAGUUUAAUUUGUACUAUCGCCUGGCCACUGCCACUAAAAUAUAA